GUAACUAGACGCAACACAAACCGAUCGGACAGUGGGGAAGGAAGCAGGAAACAAGGGGUUGAAAGGAAGAAAGACUUCGCUUUUUCGCCGUCUUCUGACCUUCCAUCCACCUCAUUUCGAAGCCUCCCACCUAACUUCACAUCAUGUUUCUGCCGCUGAGACUAAAUGACCGAGAUCGCGACAGGCACGGUGAAAGGAAAGCAUCCUCAUCUUCUACCAUCUCCUCCAAAUCCAAACAACGCAAGAAUCGCUCGUCCCACGGUCCGACCUCCCGCACUUCAACCAAGGAACGCGACCCCGACGCUCCCACGGGCCACUCGUCGACCCCUUCUCUAUCCUCCUCCAAUUCCCGCAAAAAGCGCCGUUCCUCCAUGCCUGGUGUCGACAGCGCCAGCCGCUCCGGCACAGCCUCGUUCCUCGAGUCAAGGACCAGUCUCCCGUACCCGUCGUUCUCCAAGGCUCACAGCAAAGAGGCUGUCGGGAAGCCGGGUAUCCCUACGCCAGAUCCGACCGACUUGACCGAGGGAGGUAAAGAAGGUACCAAUGGAAACAACCAAGAUCGUUCUGAUAACCACCAGACACCCCCCAGCCCCCCGUUGACAAGCGUGGACCAGCAAUCACACAAAGAGAGCACACUCGGAGGAAAGGAAGAUAAAAAGGCAGAGGAUAAGCCGGAAAAGCCCAAGACCAAAAUUCGAAUCAGGGCCGAGUCGACCCGUUCGUCCUCCAGCCUACGGUCGAAGAAGGACGAAGGGUCGAAGACUAGCAAAGCAACGCGUUCGGACACACCGAAAUCGAAAUGGUCAAGCCAUGAGAAGGACUCGCCGUCGCGAACGGCCAGCCGCAACUCGACCAAGUCGAAAAUUGUCGAGGAAGCGACCUCGCCCAAACGGUCAUCCAGUCAUGCCACUCCGCCCCGGUCACCAGCGACGGCCCGCGACAUGGGUCCUGAAUCAACAACUGGCUCCGAGGCCACUGUUGCUCCGCCUACCCAGUCUACUGCUUAUCGGAAACCGAAGAGCCCGGAAAAGCCGCCCUCCCGCACCCAGACGCGCUCGUCAAUGUCAUACCGUCAGGGAUAUGGGGCUCGCACGCCUGUUGACGCUGCAUACGACUACGGGCGGCCUCCUACGGCAAGUUCUGCCUAUGGCGCUCCUCCUCCCCCGCCUCCUCCCCCACAGGUGCCUCUUUCGAUUCCCAAAGUGGAUUAUCUCCUGCAAAACGGCGGCCUAGACCACCGGGCUCAGAAGUCGCUAUUCUCUGGCCAGGGCGUUUCAGAGACAGCGCCGUACUCGUCGUCACAGCCUCAACUUGCGGCGGGCAAGGUCUUCGACCCCUUUAAUCGACUUCUCGAUGAUUUUCAUAAUGUCAUGACCAAGAAUGGCUCGCUGGCGGUGGCGACAGGGUAUCGAUCUGUGGCCCGGCGUUUGCUGGAUCGACUGGAGGCUGUGUUUGCCCGCGACAUAUCAUCCGAGUCAUGUCAUUGUCUGAUGUGCGACCAUGAAGAGUUGGAAGAACGCCCAUCGGGAGUGAGCUGGGGCGAAGUAUUGGAACUAGUCUCCGGCCGUCGCGAGCUUCCCAGCUGGCCGCCUUUCAUAAUGAACCCGUCCGUCCUCGAUGCAAACUGGUCUGGGGAAGAGCAUGUUCCUAUGCAAAAGCUAGAUAUUGACGUUCCGGAGGAAUACCGUGACCACUUUAUUCGCCAGUCGCGGAAGACCAAAGUUGCCGUGGACAGGUGGCUCAGUGAGCAGCCUGGCCAGGCCACGAGCGCGCCAGAGGAGGUAGAUGACGAGACUCUAACCUUUGCUAUUUUGACGCACCUGGGGCCUGACGAACGCCCUCUUUUCUCGGGUUUCCUCGGAAUCAGCUCCACCUCACCUACUCCCCGACCAGAAGGACAACCACGUCCCCGACCUGCGCCGUUGGUAUCCUCGUCUCUAGCCAUCCAACGGAUGUAUCGGCUGGCGUCCGCUCCACGAGAUCCCGAAGCUGCUAUCUAUAUGCUCAACAACCCAGGCAUGCAUCAUGUCCUGGCCACUCUCGCAGCUAUUAGUGACGACGAAUGGGACAUUUUGAUAUCCGGCCGCUUUGACGGAUUUUUGCGCAGUGGCGCAGAGGACGCCUUUGCCUCCGGUCCUGGUUCGACACCUCCACGUUGGAGCCACAGCCGCUCCAACACCCCAUUCACCACUGGCGGAAUCUCCCGUGGCCCAACGCCCGGUCCAAUGGAUGGCAGCGCACGGCCAGCCAGCCAGCCAUAUGGCACGUCCCCAUCGCCUGCACCGGCAUCAUUUGGCGGCCCGAUCGCACUGGACGAGGAGAUGGAGAUAGCAGCUCUUGCGGAGAUUGAGCGGGAUAUCUACCUCGGAAUGGAAGCUCUCGAGGACGCCUUUGAGGCUCUACACUGCAAGGCCGAGGUCGUCCGCCGCGCUCUCCGGGAACGCGGCGCGGGCCUGUCUCUUGCUAACCAAAAUCGGCGCGGUUCCUUCGUUGAAGCUCGGCUAGGAACCCCCGCAUCUGGAUUAGGCGGCUGGGAUGACGGUGCAGACGAUGACUUCCUCGACGAUGCCAUCUCCUUAGCCCCAGACGACUCAGCUAGCAACAUCAGCUCCAACCGCCGACGUCGACCCAAACGCCGCACCGAACGACGGACCCCCGCCCCUGUCGAAGAGGAAGACGAGGACGAAGUAUACGACAGUCGACGAGGCUCUCGCAGGAGAUAAAACCUCUGAUAAAUGACUGCUACAUACCUUCUGGCCUAUGAAGAUACCUCAUUAUGAACAAACCCCGACAAAGAGAUAAAAAAC